AAACGCGUUUUGCCCUUUGUGCUUUGAGUCCGCCAAGUAGCCAUCUCUCUCUCCAAUCCAUGAUAUAGUAGGUGUAGGUUCGAGCGCUAGGAUCUAUGCCAAGAGUGCACCUGCCUCCCAGAAUGGCUCCAGAGAACACAGAGCAAGCUCCCAGCCUACGGACCAAGCCAACUGAGGGGGUCGACUUCGAGCCGCAUCCGGAGCUGCUCCUGGCCGCGCGCCGCGCCGACUGGCGGCAGCUCGAGCGUCUCCUUGGCCAAAAAGACGACGCAGCAGCAGCGCCCCCGCCGGCGCCAGUGCGACCGGCACGUCAUGAUGUGAUCGUCCACAUCGCGGAAGCCGUUAAUGUCGAAUCGGCAUCCACGGUGACCUCGGCCGACGCGGUCACCGUGGCGCGGGACUCCGUCCUCCACGUGGUCGCGUCUCGGGGAGACGCUCAUGAGUUCCUGAAGAGCGCGACGGUGAUCUACGACAGGGCCCGUCACCUGCUCGACGCCCGGAACGGCAACGGCGACACGCCCCUGCACUGCGCCGCCCGGGCAGGGUGGGGCGGGAUGGUCGCUCAUCUCGUGGGUCUCGCGAGAGGAGCCGAGAAUGGCGGUGGCGGCGGCGACGACGAGAAGGUGAAGGCGAUGCUGAGGAUGCAGAACGAGCAGGGAGAGACGGUGCUACACGAGGCGGUCCGUUUGGGCAGCGGAGACAUGGUCGGCCGGCUGAUGUCGGAGGACCCCCAUCUAGCUCGAGUUCCGCCGGCCGAUGGCGCCUCGCCGCUGUACUUGGCUGUCUCGCUGGAACACGACGACAUUGCACGGCAGCUCUAUCAGAACGACAAAGGGUUGUCAUACUCUGGACCAGACGGGCGAAAUGCCUUGCAUGUAGCCGCUCUCAAGGGCAAAGAGACAAUAAAAAUGCUACUGGAAUGGAACAAGGAUCUCAUCAGACAAGCAGACAGAUCCAGUAGAAGCACACCUCUCCACUUUGCGGCAUCAUGGGGGGAGCAUGAGGUGAUCAGCUUGCUCUUGGAUGCUGACCAAUCCGCGGCGUAUCAGCCAGACAUCGACGGAUCGUUUCCCAUACACGUGGCGGCGUACGCGAACAAAGUCAAGGCAGUCUCUGUCUUGCUCGACGGCCGCCGGGACUGCGCCGAGCUACGUGACGCCAAUGGCAGGACCUUCCUCCAUGUGGCCGUCCUUGAGGAGAGCCAGUCUGUGGUGACAUACGCCUCCAACCUGCAGAGCAAGAAAUUUGCAUCGUCGGUGAUGAACAUGCAGGACAAGGACGGCAACACCGCGCUGCAUCUUGCGAUCCAGAUGGGGAACAUGUGGAUCUUCAGUCCUCUAAUGAAGAACCGUGAAGUUAAGCUGAAUCUGAGAAACAACAAGGGACAAACGCCACUUGAUCUCUCGUGGAUCACGACACCUGCAGGGGUUCAUUACGGAUUGAACCCAAGAAUUAUGAUACAUAGGUUGCUUCAAGAUGCUGGCGCAAAGAAUGGCACAUUUAGAUGUGAUCACUUCCACAAAGAACAUAUCGUUUUGCUAGACCCGAAGGAAGAAGCGCAGAAGAUAACCGACUCCACACAGACCAUAGGCAUCGGCUCUGUGCUGAUCGCGACGGUGGCCUUCACCGCAGCCUUCGCCCUACCCGGUGGCUACCGAGCGGAUGACCAUCCGAAUGGCGGCACACCGACGCUGGCCAGGCACUAUGCGUUCGACGUGUUCAUCAUCGCCAACACGCUAGCCUUCAUCUGCGCGUGCCUAUCCAUCACCAGCCUCAUGUACGCGGGGGUCACCACCGUGGACAUCCGCACCCGCAUGAUCUCCUUCGUUAUCUCGGUCACGUUCAUGGCCGGCUCGGCUAGGAGCCUCGGCGCUGCCUUUGUGUUCGGGCUGUACGUGGUGCUGGCCACGGUCGCGCGCACAACGGCCAUCGCUUCAUGCGCGAUCACAGCUCUCGCAUUGGUCGACGCCGUGUGGGCCUUCUCGAUGGUGGCCAAUGGGGAGCUGAUGCUGCUAAAGAGGCUUGGAGUUCGGGCAUGGUGGAGGCUUCCAUGGGCGAUUCUACUGACCUUUCUGUCGCAGUUCUGGCCUUACAUUGUGAUCGCCGGCGUGCUAAUAUUUUACAAGGUUGAUAGAGUUCAUUGACUUGUAAUGACAUUGUGGGACUGCUCGUAACGCA